GGGAGGGUGAUCCCCACCCACCCACGCAUCCACCCACCGGCCGGAGCUUGGCGGGUCUACGCCUUACAGGGGAAAAACAGUAACGGAAGGAGUGAACUUGUCGGCCAUUUAAAGGGAUCUGGCGAAGCCGCGUUCAGUGAGGCUGGGACAGCAUGCAUGAGCAAAGCCUCCCCUGAAACAGGGCUGUGCGCCUCAGGACCUGCGCUCUUGGGUCUGUAAACCCCCACCUCAGCUGUUUGCUGCUCCUCUUUAGAGCCCGCCCCCUGCUGUCCGAACUGCAACAGCACCAGCCGCGUAAACAGCGGGAACCACACAGCAAAGGGUGGAGAGAGGGCAGAGGUUGAGGAGUGGGAGAUGGAGAGAAAGGGAAAGACGGAGAGAGGUGAGCAGAAGAGGAGAUGGUCUGAGGCUGUGCGACAGGCAGCUAUUAAGGAAGCGCCAGCUCUCCAGAACAGCCAGCGAACCUGACCCGCGCGGCCCGACCACAUAAUGCACGGGGGAAAGCGAGGGCUGGUCGCACCACAGAACACUUUUUUGGAAAAUAUUGUCAGACGCUCAAGUGAAACCAGCUUCCUCCUUGGGAACGCCCAAAUCGUGGAGUGGCCCGUGGUCUACAGUAAUGACGGGUUCUGCAAGCUGUCUGGGUACCACAGGGCUCAGGUGAUGCAGAAGAGCAGCACGUGCAGUUUUAUGUACGGAGAACUGACCGACAAGAAGACAAUAGAGAAGGUCCGACAGACCUUUGAUAACUAUGAGUCCAACUGCUUUGAAGUGCUUCUGUAUAAGAAGAACAGGACACCAGUAUGGCUCUAUAUGCAGAUUGCACCAAUCAGGAAUGAGAAUGACAAGGUUGUCCUGUUCCUGUGCACGUUCAAAGACAUCACCGUCUUCAAGCAGCCCAUCGAGGACGAAACCACGAGAGGAUGGACCAAGUUCGCGAGGCUGACGCGGGCGCUCACCAACAGCCGUAGCACCAUGCAGCAGCUCGCGCCCAUGAACAAGACCGAGGUCAGCCACAAGCACUCCCGAUUGGCUGAGGCACUGCAACUGGGCUCGGACAUCCUCCCCCAGUACAAGCAGGAGGCACCCAAGACCCCACCCCACAUUAUUCUGCACUACUGCACCUUCAAGACUACAUGGGACUGGAUCAUCCUCAUUCUCACCUUCUACACAGCCAUCAUGGUGCCCUACAAUGUAUCUUUCAAGACCAAGCAGAACAACAUCGCUUGGCUGGUAGUGGACAGCGUAGUGGAUGUCAUCUUCCUGGUGGACAUUGUACUGAACUUUCACACCACCUUUGUGGGUCCUGGUGGUGAGGUCAUCUCGGACCCAAAGCUAAUACGAAUGAACUACCUGAAGACAUGGUUCGUCAUUGACUUGCUUUCCUGCCUGCCCUAUGAUAUCAUCAAUGCCUUUGAAAACGUGGAUGAGGACCCCAUUUCAGACCCUUCGUCGGUCAGGCAUCUCCGAGAGACGGCCCACCCGCGGGGGAACGCCACGCGGGCAGAGGACUCAGUGCUGCCGGGCCUCAGCAGCCUAUUCAGCUCCCUUAAGGUGGUCCGACUUCUGCGUCUGGGCCGCGUGGCCCGUAAACUGGAUCACUAUCUGGAGUACGGUGCUGCGGUGCUGGUGCUGCUGGUCUGUGUGUUUGGCUUGGUAGCCCACUGGCUUGCCUGCAUCUGGUACAGCAUUGGUGACUAUGAGGUCAUUGAUGAGCUGACCAACACCAUCAAGACGGACAGUUGGCUGUACCAGCUAGCCACCAACAUCGGGUCUCCGUACCGCUUCAACGCCAGUGGCUCAGGCCAGUGGGAGGGUGGGCCCAGCAAGGACACCCUCUACAUCUCCUCCCUCUACUUCACCAUGACCAGCCUCACUACUAUCGGCUUUGGAAACAUUGCUCCCACCACCGAUGGCGAGAAGAUCUUCUCCGUGGCCAUGAUGAUGGUGGGCUCUCUCCUGUAUGCCACCAUUUUUGGGAACGUCACAACCAUCUUCCAGCAAAUGUACACCAACACUAACCGGUACCACGAGAUGCUCAACAAUGUGCGUGACUUCCUCAAGCUCUACCAAGUGCCCAAGGGCCUGAGUGAAAGGGUCAUGGACUACAUUGUUUCCACCUGGGCCAUGACUAAGGGCAUUGACACCGAGAAGGUGCUUUCCAUCUGUCCCAAGGACAUGCGGGCGGACAUCUGUGUCCACCUCAACCGGCAGGUCUUCAACGAGCACCCAGCGUUCCGGCUGGCCAGUGACGGCUGUCUCCGCUCCCUGGCCGUUGAGUUCCAGACCAUCCACUGUGCGCCCGGCGACCUCAUCUUCCACGCCGGUGAGAGCGUAGACACGCUGUGCUUCGUGGUGUCCGGCUCUCUGGAGGUCAUCCAGGACGACGAGGUCAUCGCUAUUCUUGGCAAGGGGGAUGUGUUUGGUGAUGUGUUCUGGAAGGAGACCACCCUGGCCCAUGCUUGUGCCAACGUGCGAGCACUGACCUACUGUGACCUGCACAUCAUUCGCCGGGAGGCCCUGCUGAAGGUGCUGGACUUCUACACGGCCUUCGCCAACUCCUUCUCUCGAAACCUCAUCCUCACCUGCAACCUGCGCAAAAGGAUCGUCUUCCGGAAGAUCGCUGACGUGAAGAAGGAGGAGGAGGAGCGCCGGAGGCAGAAGAACGAGGUGACGCUGACCAUCCCGGUGGACCACCCAGUCAGAAAGCUCUUCCAGAAGUUCAAGCAGCAGAAGGAGAUGCGCACGCAGACCUCCGCACAGCCAGAUGUGGAAAAGAACCAGCUGCAGGUGGAGCACCACCUCCACACACACCAGCACCACCCACUCCAAGCAGCACACCCACCCAUACAGAACGGCACUCCCUCCAGCACCGCGGUGGUCACUAUCUCGCAGAUCACGCCCAUACAGGACUCUCUGGCCUAUGUCGAGCAGACGGACGUUCCCAGUGAGGGCAGAGGCUGUGACGUGAUGGAGCUGAAGCCCGGAGUGGGCAGCCGGUCAGGCUGUCAGGGGGGGGCCUGGGCCGGGAGCCCCGUGCGGCUCAAGGCGCCGAGCAGCCGCGGCUGGAUGCGCUUCCGCAGUACCAUGGCUCCGACAGAGGAGAAGAAGGAGGAGUGGGGUACGAUAUUCCAAGCGGAAUCUGAGGAGCUGCUCUCCGAAGACGGCAAGUGCCAGGAGACAGUGAGCGGGGAACGUGGGGAGGCCGCCGAGGGCGGAGCCGAAGCCGACCCCAAGACCCUGCUGCACAAGACGGACUCCUGCGACAGCGGCAUCACCAAAAGCGACCUGAGGCUGGACAAGGUCGGUGAGGCGCGGAGCCCCCUGGAACCCGGCCUGCCGGUGCCCAGCCCCGUGCCGAAGGAGGAGCGGCCGCAGCAGCUUCCAGAGCAAACCCUGCACACCCUCUUACACGAGGCCAAGCUGGAGCUCCAGGGGGACAUCAAGAUGCUGGGCGGCCGCAUGGCCGCGAUGGAGGCCCAGGUGGCCGAGAUCCUGAAGCUGCUCUCUGAGAAGCAGCAGCCUGCACAGGUCACCAUCCCCAGAACCAAAAGCAAAAAGCAGGACAUUUUCACCGUCUCCCGCCCGGUCACUCCCGACUCGGAGAAGGACGAUGGACUAUUCUGAAUUCAAGAAAACUUUGUCGGUUUGUUUUGUUAUUUAUUGGUUUAUAUUUAAAAACAAUUCUUCUCCCAUAGACUGUCCGGAGUGCAAGAAAAAAAAAAUAUUUGCAAUGGGACGACUUGUUCUCUUGUUGUAAAUACCUACCUGCAUGUCCAGAUGGAUUCUGGUUCGCCAAAGAAGCCCACAGAUGGUAGUGUUUGCCUGAUCAUAUAUGCAGUUCACUGCAUGCAAAACUGAUUUAAAAAUGAAUCCUUUUACUUACACAUCCAGGGACUCACUGUUUCACUGAUGCCGAUAUUCAUGAAUCAAUUCAGGGUUAGAGUCACACUAGUUUAUUUUGUUUGUUUGUCUGUUUCAUCUCAAACCGCCUGCUUGGUCCAGCCACAUCACAGGAGGGACGUGCUUAGAUACACACAUCUAACAGAAGUGAAUCCCACACAACUUCUUUAGAAGGCUUGAAUGAAAAUUCUGGAAACGUUACUGCAGCAUGGGCACGACAGUGAGAGAGACGUCGUUCAUGUUCAGCUAUCAGUUUCCUCCACGCGUGCAAGAAUAUUAUGGCCGACAGUCAGACGCUUCCAUGUAGCCUGCUGCGGAUUAUCAGUCAAACGAUUUAACCUGGAGCCGUUGCUCUGUUGAAUUCCUGGUGAAGCUCGUCUGAAGAUUAACCGAGCAGGUUUUACUGCACUAGACAAUGUGGAAGUGACUCCAUUAUCUAAAAGGUCGUUGAAAGUGGUGAAACUGACCAAAAUGGCAGCGUUUUCUCCAUUAUGAAUGCUCCAUACACUUUAUUGCAUUUUUAUGUACUUUGAUCAGUGUAUUUAGUGUAUACCUACAGACUUGGGUGGUUUAUGGUACAACGAUUCGGUCAAGGAGGAAUGCAGUAAAAUUUCAGUCUACGGAAUAAGUGGAGUUUUCAGUCUAAUUGGAAAUGACAUCUAUGUUUAUUUUAUGAAUGAAAUCCCUGAAAAUGGCUGUGUGUCAGUGAAGUAAUCGCUCGUCCUGCUUCGGUCCUGUUCACACAGGCAAGGAAUUUGCACAUAGGGAAGGGGGAGGGGGGGGGGGGGAUGGUCUUAUCAUAACUAUUCAUGUCCAAGGAAAGCGUGUGGAUUGUGUUAGCAUACACUUCUUGAAGACUCUCAGGUACUAUUCUUCAAAUCAAAAUUGAUGUCUAAACCAUGUAAUGCCUGCACUUUCAGAACUCUGAUAGUCCUUAGUCACAGAUGGAAGCAGCACCUCCAUCACAGACCAGCACCAGAAGAUGAAAAAGAGGAGGGGAGUAACAGGGAAUUUAUGUUGGAUCGGGAGCCAAAGCUCCCCCAUUCGAGUCUCUGCACAUGGUCGGACACUGGAGGCGACCAAAGGAGGCAGCAAAUUAGCUUUUGAUUUUGGAGAAGGCGGCAGAUUGGAGACAGAUGACCUGCAUAUCUCAGCUCUGGACACAUGCGCAAGUAGAGGUUCAGCAGCCAGGGAGAUUCUCUGUAACCAGGGGCCAGAGUUCCCAGUCGCCAAAGCACAGCAUUUACCUUGAUGCUGGUUUUCACGUAGGUAUGAGUUGACGUCAAACACCAUAUUAAUACACUUAGAAAAUCUGAAGUCAACUUUUUACUGAGGUAGGAGAAGUAGGGAUUAUAAUUAAUACACACAAAGCUUUCAUUUUUAAAAGCACUCAAGCAAAGAAGCAAAUUUUAUGUUCAUAUUGUUUUCCAUACAUGUUUUGUUAAGUUGCACUUUCGGUUAAUCUGCUUCUCCCCAGUCCCUGCAAACCAGUGGUACAAGCUCGCACCAGCAGGAGUGCCUCUGCCCUCUUCAUACCAUCGCAGAGUUUAUAAGCUUCUCAGGCUCUUUGGUCUUAAUGGGAGAUAUUUAGGUUCAUGCCUUGAAGAAUACUGUACGUACAGCACCAGACAAAAGUCUGGACACACCUGCUUCGAGGUAAUGGGGUCUCAAAUAUUAGACUCUUCAAAAUAAUCCCCUUUGUUCUAUAGCAGCGUUGCAGACUCUUGCCAUUCUUUCAUCCAGCUUCCAGAUGUAGCUGCAUGGAAUGCUUCUCCAACAGUCCUGAAGGAGAUCUGGGCACAAUUUAGCUACCUUAUUCUUACUCUUCCAUCCAAUUCAUCCCAAACCUGGCCUAUAGAGUUUAAGUCGGGAGAUUGUGGGGGCCAGGUUAUCACUCCAUCUUUCUCCUUGUGCUUAUGGUCAUUGUCUUGUUGACUAUUUAUUAGUAGGUGUGUCCAGAUUUUUGGACUGAAGUGGUGAGGAUAACAGACCACUAGCUGACACCACUGACUGCUAACUUCAUUCUCUGGAUCAUGUUCUCUUUUGUAAUGUCACACACUAUGCAGCCUGGGGGGGGGCUCCCCCAUUGUGGAGGGGAUAUGGUCACCUUCCCAGGCCCUUCAGAGAUUAGUGCAUGUGUUUGCAUGCCGAAAUGUACAGAGUGUUAACAAAGGUUCCAAUGAAUACAUUAUAUACCUUGUACAUAGAAUGGCUUAGAGAUUUAAAUACCAUACACUUGCCUGAACUUUUACAUGCUCACUUGACAGAACAUGGACUUAUCAAGUUUAAAACUAAGUUCUGUAUUCCUUCCUUGACUGACUGGUUUGGUUCUUUUUAGCUAAUGGGGGAGAGAGAUCCAUCCCCUGGCUGACACAAGCAGGCCCUCUCUACCUCCUGACUGGAGGGGGGCAGGUACAGGGGACUCCCUUGAGGUGACCACCCAGAACCUUCCGUCUCAGGGCUGCAUUUCCAGUAGUUUCAGCAUCCUGAUAGGCCCCAGUCGUUUGAAUGUACUCUCUCUUCCAGAAUAUGGGCCAGUUAGUUCCUGUGUCACUUGUGGGGAACUCCAGUACUGGGCCUUCAGGGUGUGCUGCUUUGCCGUUUCAGCUCCUAAUUAGAUCAUCCAGGUAUUCGUUGGGAUAAAAUGUCACCUGGCCUAAUAUUUCAAGGGAAAUUCAGUGUGGAGUUCAGGUGUCUGCACAUCCUACUCCCCUCAAGGGUUGCUCCCCAACUCAGCACUGUCUGAAGACCAGAUGUGUCUUUGAUUAUCCUCAGCAUGCAGAUGUACAGCCUACAUGUGUCUCUCUCCUGUGGCGAAUGCUGAUGGUUUACUAGAGGUUGGCAAUACGUUCUCCUGAUGUCAGCAAAAGGGACUUUGCCUCAGUCUGUAGCCUAUAAGUCUUUGUGACCCUUGCUUGGUUUUCUACUGGAAUGUUGCUAUUUUAUACAUUUUCAAGUACCUUUGACACUCUAAGAGUUGUAUUGUUUUUGCAAUGAUGCAGUACUUUGAGUAUCACCUCAAUAAAAUUACGUCUGAUAUGAAAGUCAA